AAGAAUGAAAAUAUUAACUUGAAAGAGUAAAGAAAAAAAAAUAGAGAAAAGUGGGAUGUCUAAAAGCAAGUGAGAGGAUAUGUGGGUGUCACCUGAAGUUGUUUAUGUUUGAGUAGAGUGAGUGAGAGAUGGGAUUCCUGGAUCAAAGCUAGCUAGCUGUAGAAUUUAUUUAACUUUAAAGUUUUAAUUACAUUAAUCAUCUUGGGAUUUUCAAGAAAUCUUUCUUUUAUUAAUUGUGUCAUUAUUAUGGAGUCUGCUAAUCUCCAUCACCACCAGCAGCAGCAGCAGCAUCAGCUUCAAGGCCAGCUUGUUGGCUCCCCUUCUCCUUCUUUAUCAGCCCCAUCUGCAGGCUAUGGAGCUCCAACUAGCCCCCAUGCUUGGACCCAAAACAUCUCUCUAAGUACUGAAAAUGAGUCCUCCCUCAGUAAUUCUAUGAUACAAAACUUGGGUUUCCAGUGGAACAUUCAUAGCAAUAAUGCAGCAGCACUGAGCCUUACUCAUGAUCAUCAUGAUCAUCAAAUCAAAGAAGAAGAACAACUUUCAAAUCAUUUCCCUAAAUUUACUGAAAUGUUAUUGAACAGUACCAGUGCUACCUCAACCGUUGAUCAAAAUUCGCAUUUAUCAUCAACAAAUUUUAUUAAAGAUGAGCAGAAAUACAUGAAUGAUCUUAGCGAAAAGCUCUUGCUCAAGACUAUUUCUUCUGGUUUUCCUAUCAAUCCCUCCCAAAUUUACUCUACUUUUGGAACUUCCACACCCAGUAGAGGAAAUUUUAGCCAGAUAUAUCCUAGUGUUAACAUUUCCGACUUGAACCGGUCAUCGAUCUCCGGUUCUUUUGACAUGAAUUUGCAGGCGUUGGAUCUCCUAACUUCUACGAGAUUUAGCGGGAGUUUUGGCCAGCCUUGUCACGAUAAUAAUCUUGGUAUUUAUAAAGAUAAUGUUUCUUAUGAUCUUGAUCAUCUGCAGCAACUAAAUCAUAUGCCAUCAUGCAACCCUAAUAAAGUAUCUCCCUUCACUACCAAUGACAUAACAGAGGCAAAGAGAGCCAACAGUAGCUUGAUGGAGCCUAAGCCAACACUACAAGCUGCACCUAAGAAAUCCCGAUUGGAAACACGCGCUUCCUGCCCUCCCUUUAAGGUUAGGAAAGAGAAAUUAGGAGAUAGAAUUGCAGCUUUGCAGCAGCUGGUUGCACCAUUUGGCAAGACAGACACAGCAUCCGUACUAAUGGAGGCUAUUGGAUACAUUAAAUUCCUUCAAAAUCAGGUCGAGACACUAAGCGUGCCAUACAUGAAGUUAUCACGCAACAAGAGCAGUAGAACUACGCAGUUCUCAACCACGGAGGAAGGAAAUGAGGAGCGAAAGAAAGAUUUAAGAAGCCGAGGGCUCUGCCUCGUGCCACUAUCUUGCAUGUCUUACGUAACCGGCGAAGCUGGAGUAGGCGGCGGCGGAGGCAUAUGGCCACCACCUUUUGGAGGAGGAACAUAGUACAUUGUAGGAAUGUGUACUUAUUGAACAAAGACACUCCAUGUGGCAAGAUGAGCACGUUGAUCUGCAGCAUAAUAUGUCGAUCAAAAUUUGAAGCUCAUAAUGGAGCAAGUUUGGUCAACCUAUCCAGUUAAAGAUUGUAGGAUGGACCAAAUUUGAUCCAUUAACAAUAUUCACAUAACAAGUUCAAAAGAAAACAAUAUUCGCAUAACAUCUAUUGUAAUUCAACUUCAAGCCGCAUCUUUCACAUUCGUUAAUUUAUCGGUUGUUUCUGUUUUUCUAA